CUACAAAUGGAAUGAAUUAAUCAGUCUCACUGAAGCUAUUCGCUACGGCAUCACAAUGCUACAACAGCUCAUCAACUCAUUCGUGCUGGGGGCCUUGACUGCUCUAGCGAGCUCUCUGAUCACCAUGACGGCAUACCGCACCGCCACCCUAGAGCAGGACGAACUCGUCGACUUUAUCGUGGUGGGGAGCGGGAGCGCAGGCAGCGUCGUGGCCUCGCGACUCUCCGAGAACCCGAACUGGGAGGUGCUGGUGCUGGAGGCUGGGGGGCAGCCGCCCCCGGAGAGCAAAGUGCCAGCAUUUGCAACAUAUGCCAUUGGAUCGGACAGCGAAUACAACUAUAACUAUACAAUUGCUCCAUAGAGACAUGCUCUACUCAACUUCAAAAAUCAAGAAUCAUUUUUUCCCAGAGGGAAAGUAAUCGGAGGAUGCAGUGCCAUAAAUUACAUGACCUUCAUAAGGGGCAACAGGAAGGAUUUCGACACUUGGGCUGAGAUGGGCAACACGGGUUGGGACUACGACUCCAUUAUGCCAUUCUACAUAAAAAUGGAAAAUUACAAAGGAAAACAUGCGAAGAAAUACGCUAAAUAUCACAGUCAAACCGGACCACUGUCCGUGGAGAGCUUGAGGUGGGACUCGCCGUUCACAAAAUAUUUCAUGGCGGCUGGAAAAGAACUUGGACUCGAAGAGGUCGACUUCAACUCAGAGAAGUCCGUUGGAUACAACGCCCCCGACUUGACAACAAAUAAUGGCGAGCGCCACUCAGCUUCUGACGCUUACCUCAAACCUAACCUGCGCCGCUGCAACCUGCGACUGCAGGCCCGCAGUCUGGUCACCAAGGUCAUCAUUGAUCGCAAUCUUCGAGCUAUUGGCGUGGAGUACAUUCGCGACGGCAAGAUGAGGAGAGCCUUCGCCAGGAAGGAAGUCUUCCUGAGUGCCGGCGCCAUCGACUCCCCCAAGCUGCUCCUGCUCUCAGGCAUCGGUCCUAAGGAACAACUUCGCUCCCAUGGGAUUCAUCCUAUCGUUGAUCUGAGAGGAGUGGGGCAAAAUCUGCAGGAUCACGUGGCUUUGCCAGGGCUAACUUGGUUCAUCACGAAGAAUGCAGGCAACGCCGUGCAGAUGAUCCUUACUCCUGAGGCAUUCACAGCCUACCGCACCAAAAAGAACGGUCCGCUGAACGUGCCAAUAGGAUUGGUUGGCAUUUAUAUGGUAAAUUUGGGUGUGGAUCCUGAUCCAAGUGUAGAAGAUGUGCAAUAUCGAUUCCUGUCCGUGACGUUGGGAGCAGAUUUCGGUCUGGUGGUCGCACCUAAUUACGGGUAUACUGAUGAGUUAAUCCAAGACUAUGUGAAGAAGCAAGGAGGAAGAAGAGGGUUCAUGAUAUUCAUGGGAGUGUCGCGGCCAGCGAGUCGCGGGUCCGUCACGCUGCGCUCCAAAAAUCCUCUGGAUCCUCCAGUGAUCGAUCCCAACUUUUUGAGCAAUUCUGCCGACGUGGAUAUCCUCCUGAAAUCCAUUCGAUACGUGAUGGUCCUCGGCAACACCACGGCACUGGGGGAGGGCUUGGGCGCUAAAUUUUUCGACCAGGUGAGAAUAAAUUUUCUGUUGAUGUAAGUGAUGUAAGUUGCAGCAUCAGGCUUUAAAUAUAAUAAGCUUUUAUCCAGCUUUUUCUAGGAUCAUCAAUAAAAUUGGUCCUUCUUCAAUUGCGUGGGAAUACAAAAUUUAAGACAAGGAGGUUAAUGA